AUUUACUUUCUCAAACACAUCUCACUCCGACUCUAUACCCUCUAUCCAUUGUUGCUACUCCAACCUCUAAUAAUUCACCUGGGACAUCCAUCUGGACUCAUGUUCUAAAUAUUCCUAGCUGUGAAAAUGGCUGGCCAACGUGGUUCAACCGGUCAGCCUUCUCGCCCUCCCUUAGGAGAUGCUACUGCCCGUGUAAUCAACACCUCCUCGGCGCGGCCUUCUAAAGUUCAUCAUAUACAAGCUCCUCAACCUAGCCCCUUAGGAGCGCAUCCUGUUAAUAGAUACAUUCAACAGCCGGCUAGUCCCACCACAGGCUUUACUUCGAAGGUUGAUCCACGACGUAGCCUACGUACACCAGCUCCUCCAGCUCCCCCAGCUGUUCUAAUUACCCCAGCUAUAGAACCACUUGAGCAGGAUGAUGCGGAGGGCGCAAAACGCGAAUCACAAGAUUCAACUCCUAAGCGUCGUAAGACCCACGUCGGACCAUGGGAGCUCGGCAAGACUUUAGGUCUUGGUUCAGCCGCCCAUGUUCGCCUUGUCAGACACAAGUUUACUCAACAGUUAGCUGCUGUCAAGAUCCUAUCGAGGGAUGUGCGACAUAACACACAACCAGGAAGUAUAGCGGAACUUGAUAUCUGGGAUCGCAGUCGCAAGGAGUACGAGACAGAGAAUCGUAUCCCGUUCACUAUCGAAAGAGAAGUUGCUAUCUUGAAGUUGAUCAAUCACCCCAACAUCGUCAAGUUGUAUGACAUCUGGGAAAAUCACCAAGAGAUUUAUAUUGUUCUGGAGUUCGUUGAAUGUGGCGAUUUCUACGGCUACCUUGAUGACCAUGGACGCCUGCCCGAGCCUGAGGCAAUGUUUUUUCUCCGUCAGCUAGCUAGCGCUCUGCAGUAUAUGCAUUCAUUCAACAUCUGUCACCGUGAUCUCAAACCGGAGAAUAUCCUCAUUACGAAGGAGAAACAACUCAAAAUCACCGAUUUCGGCAUGUCGGCACUGCACCAAAGUCCUCAUCAUUUGUUGAAGACGUCAUGCGGAAGUCCGCACUAUGCUGCCCCUGAACUCGUCCGUCCGGGGCCCUAUCGAGGUGAUAAGGCCGACAUUUGGAGUCUCGGCGUCAUAUUCUACGCCUCUGUCAUCCAUGCUCUACCAUUCAAUGAUGACAACGUGUCAAAGCUCCUUGUGAUAGUCGAAAAGGCACAUUACGAGAUACCCAAUUGGGUCAGCAGAGACAUGAGGGGCUUCAUAUGUUGUCUGUUGGAAAAGGACCCUGAGAAGCGCCUGUCUGCGUCCGGAAUUUUCGAGCACCCAUUGGUGAGCAAGUACGAUUACUUGGAUGAUUAUAAUAAGGGAGAGCGAGCUCUUAUCCUUCGCAACAACGCCCGUUACGAUCCAGUACCCGCUAGUGAGGUCGAUGCGCAAACACUGAGACAGUUGAAGUCUGUGUGGCAUACCUAUUCAGAGCAGCAAUUGGCAUCAUUGCUGACCAAUUCGGAGCGUAAUGAAUUCAAAAUGUUUUACUGGUUACUCUAUAGUUAUAGAGAGGAACGACUAGAGAACUACGGUACCGAUAUCACGUACUCUCCCAGCGAUUAUCACCACCUGCAACCUCCCAACUGGAGGAAGAAAUAUACAACGGUCGAGUUUGCAGGCAAGAGUGGACGAUCUCCAUCGCGCUUCACUGUCAUUUCAAAUGUCGCUACUGAUGAAGACGGCGUAACCCUAGAGCGUGCCAAUACAGAUGGCGGCAAUACCGUCAAGAGUUAUGAUCCGUAUAGAUCUUCUCUUAAUAUGGAUGAUAUCAUUGCUGGUGAAGCGAAGGUUACUAUUCACCGUAAUAAUACUUCUUCGACACGAGGUUCAAAGAAUACCAACAUGCGCGCCGGAUCGAUAAAAACGAAUAGUUCUACGCACUCACGGCGUAGCAAAGGAAGCCGAAGCGCAAAAGCUCCGUCCGCACGACGCAACUCGCGACAUUCUCUAAAGUCUAUUAUGAGCGGAGAGGAAAUUUCGUACCAGCGAGCAGCUCCGCUUCCCAAGCGAGGUGUCGAGUUUCCACAUGCUCAGAGACGAUUGAUUGACCAGGGCCAGGCAAGCAACCGUCCUGUCAGCAUUGUUGGAGACGAUUCCAUCCAGAAUCGUCACGUUUCCUGCCCCGAGAGUCCUAGUAAGAGGGCCAAGCUAUCUGGAAACUCUGGAAGGUGCCGCCCGGGCACACAAUCAUUAGCUGACGUCUCCCAAGUCAAUGUCCAUGAUAUAGAUUGGAUGAAGGAUUUGCACGAUUUUAGUUGCAGCAUUGCAAAGGACUGUGACGACGCUUUCAAUUCGUCUUAUCUGACUAAUACCCCCGUCGCAUCGCCGAAUUCAGAGAAUGCGAAAAACAUCUUGGUUGGGACCCCAAGCCCGACUACAACUCUGACCAUUCGCGGUGCUGGGAAUGUCAACAUAAGCCUAGAACCAUUGGAUAUGCGACAACCACCGCCGGUGUCGUCUUCAAGAAACGUAGUUACGCAUGACUAUGUCACGGCACGGGGAAGAGCCGAUCGAAUGUACGGCCAAAUCCCUGGGUCUCCUGUUCAAUCAUCACCAUGCAAUCGCUAUGGCUCGUCUGCAAAGGCAGAUGCAGAGCGCAGAAUAGUCACGGAUCCUAUACGCAGCGCAUCCGAUAUGUCUUUCUUGCCUUCCAUUAACGAGGCAUCGGGAGAAGAUGGUUACUAUAGAGGUGAGGAUAAACCUCGGGUUGUUUCUGCACCCGAGCCUUCAAUGCCUCACAAUAUGCCAAUUGAUGAGGGCGAGGGGCUGGAGUACUUGGCUUCACACGGAAAUACUAUACGCGUAGUAUAUUCUCCUUCUCAUCAAGCAAGCAAACCGCGGGCCCCCUUAGUUCCCGGUGCCAAACCAAAGGCUCCGAUUGUGCCGGAGUCAAUGAUUCAUCAGCAACCCGAGAUGAAAACUUCAAUUCCUAGAGAACCUUCCGAGAAGAGUUCUAUUACUACUAUGAAGAAGAAGACAUCCUGGUUUAAACGCGGUUCUAAGGAUAGAGCUAGCAUCUUUGAGAAUUUCGAGCAGAGCAACCCCGAGCUCAAUCGUACUGAUAGCAGCUCAUCUACUGGUAAAGAUAGUCUGCAAACGAAAAAGAAGAGCUUUGGCUUUGCCUGGUGGCGUGGAAGCAAGGAACAGCGUCAGCUAAAGCUCUCGCUUGCAGACCCCGAUUACGAUGAUUCUACUCCAUAUGAACGUGCGCGCACGUUUAGUAACCUAUCCCAGCCAUCGCAUGGUAAGAAAUGGGAUGAUAAGACUGCAGCUCGCAACAUCGAGCCUCAGCAAAGCUGGCUAGCUCGUCUAUUCCGAGUCAAACCAGCAACAAGAUACAUAUGUUUCUCGCUUUCCAAACUCCGCACUCGACAAGAACUUUCGAUCUUAUUGAAGAAGUGGCGCCGUCAUGGAAUGAGGGGUGUUGUAGUGGACAGGGAACGUUAUCUUGUCUUUGCCCGUGUUGGCAAAAAGAAUCAUCUUGGGUUGAAGGAGGCUUCAUUUGCUGCGGAGAUUAUGACAGUUAUUGAGCACGGCAAUCAUAACCCGCUGUGCAUUGUCCGAUUUACCCAGGAACGAGGAGCGGCUACCACCUUCAACAAGGUGGUCGAUACUAUGGAGGAUGUCUUCGACGCACGUGACAUGCUGGUCACAGACAAAUACAAAGCGAAGAUGAUGAUAAAGACGCUCAACUCGUGAUACGGCUCUACUUAGGCUUUCGGCCAUAGUCGGGAUGCGAGCAUUUGGGCACACAUUGGUUCCAUUGGCCUCCCCUAUUUCACCUAUCCGUGGCACUUGCGGG